AAAGAAAUCCUUAACACACCACUGUUGACAGUUCGUGAGGCAUCUGUGGAGGAUCUUCUCUUGACAGAGCCAGAACCAGGCCAUCCUGGGAAAUGCCAGGUCACAGGAGUCGUUCUGGGGGAUGGGAGCACAGUACGUGCCGGGAGCGUUGUCCUGACCACGGGCACAUUCCUGCGGGGUAUGAUCUACAUGGGGCUGGAGAUGCACCCAGCUGGGCGGCUCGGGGACCAGCCAGCCAUCGGCCUGGCUCAGACUCUGGAGAAACUGGGAUUUGCUGUGGGCAGGCUGAAGACUGGGACACCACCCCGGCUUGCCAAGGAUACGAUCGACUUCAGUGGUCUGGAGGAACGUGCAGCUGACAAUCCUCCGGUGCCGUUCAGCUUCCUCAGCGAGGCUGUGUGGAUCAAGCCAGAAGAUCAGCUGUCGUGUUACCUGACUCACACUACCCUGAAAGUCCAGCAAAUUAUCCAUGAUAACCUCCACCUGAACAACCACGUAAGGGAGACAACGAGGGGCCCACGGUACUGUCCCUCUCUGGAAUCAAAGGUUCUGCGCUUCCCAAACCGACAACAUCAGGUGUGGCUGGAGCCUGAAGGCUUGGAGUCCAAUGUCAUUUACCCCCAAGGCAUAUCGAUGACUUUGCCACCUGAGCUCCAGGAGCAGGUGAUCAAAUCCAUCCCAGGCUUGGAAAAAGCUAAGAUGUUACAGCCAGGCUACGGGGUGCAGUAUGAUUUUUUAGAUCCUCGUCAGCUGACUGCUGCUCUCGAGUCACGGCUGGUUCAGCGCCUGUUCUUUGCAGGGCAGAUAAAUGGUACAACAGGCUAUGAAGAAGCUGCAGCUCAGGGUGUGAUUGCUGGGAUCAAUGCCUGCCUGCGGGCUCAUGGCAAACCCCCUUUCACUGUCAGUCGCACGGAAGGCUACGUUGGUGUCCUGAUCGAUGACCUCACCACCCUGGGCACCAGCGAGCCGUACCGCAUGUUCACCAGCCGCGUGGAGUUCCGCAUGUCCCUCCGGCCCGACAACGCUGACGCCAGGCUCACUCUCAGAGGUUUUGAAGAAGCUGGGUGUGUGUCACAGCAGCGAUAUGAGCAAGCAGUUAAGAUGAGAGCUGCUUUGGAGGAUGGAAUUGCAACGCUAAAAUCACUUCAGCUCAGCAUAUCCAAGUGGUCCAAGUUGCUGCCACAAGUUCCCAUCAGUAGCAAUCGCAGGUCGCCUGUCAGUGCCUUUGACGUCCUUCAGUAUCCAGAUGCCAACAUGGAGGUUCUGGCACGGCUUUUCCCAGAGCCCCUGGGCAAGUUUGCUCAACAGAGAGAACUGGCAGAGAGAUUGAAAAUAGAAGCUGCUUACGAGUGGUGUGUAGACAAUCAGCAGCAGGAGAUAGAAGAAGUGCGACGUGACGAAGCUCUCCAGCUGCCAGAGGACUUAGAUUACUUUGCCAUUGAUGCAUCACUCUCAGCAGAGGUGCGGGAGAAACUGGACUCCAACCGCCCCCAGACGAUCGGUGCCGUCAGCCGUAUCCCUGGAAUUACACCUGCUGCGAUUGUUAACCUGCUAAGAUAUGUGAAAACCAAUCACCGGAAGACAGAGAAGCUAAAAGCUUUACCUCAGACUGGGAAAUACUUACCAGGGAAAAUGUACUCUGAGAAAGCAACAUCAUGA